GGCGCGAUUGGCCGCUGGGCGGCGGGGGGGCGGGCCCCGGCCGCAGCGGCCUCCCGGGGCUGGGGUCCGUCUCGGCGGCAGGCGCGGAAGUCUCGCGAGGGAGCGUAGCCGGGAUUUGGCGGCUGGCUGCCUCCCUCCCUCUCGCUGGCUGCGAGGAGCUGGUGUUUGUGUGGAAGGGGGAGGAGGAGGAGAAGCGAGAGGGAGCCCGAGCCCCGCGAUCCGCCGAGGGGAGCCGACCGGAGCCCCCUCGCCGCCAGCGGAGCUCUGUCCGCGCCUCGCCCCGCCAUGGCCUCGGGAGACACCCUGUACAUAGCCACGGACGGCUCGGAGAUGCCGGCCGAGAUCGUGGAGCUGCACGAGAUCGAGGUGGAGACCAUCCCGGUGGAGACCAUCGAGACCACCGUGGUGGGCGGCGAGGAGGAUGAGGAGGAGGAGGACGAGGACGAGUGCUGCGAGGAGUGCGGCCCGCACCACCCGCCCCAUCACUACCACCACCACCAGCCCAUGAUCGCCCUGCAGCCGUUGGUCUCGGACGGGGACCCGAGCGGGGCGGGCGGCGGCGCGGCCGGCGGCGGCGGGGGACAGCUCCAUCUGCACCACCACCACCAGGAGGUGAUCCUGGUGCAGACCCGCGAGGAGGUGGUGGGGGGAGACGACUCGGACGGACUGCGGGCCGACGACGGCUUCGAGGACCAGAUCCUCAUCCCGGUGCCGGCCCCCGCCGGGGAGGACGAGUACAUCGAGCAGACCCUGGUCACCGUGGCCGCCGCCGGCAGCAAGAGCGGAGGCGGCGGCUCCUCCUCGGCCGGCGGAGGGGGCCGCGUUAAGAAGGGCGGCAGCGGCAAGAAGAGCAGCAAGAAGAGUUACCUGAGCGGGGGAGGCGGCGGCGGGGCCGAGGGCGGCGGCGGCAGGAAAUGGGAGCAGAAGCAGGUGCAGAUCAAGACCCUGGAGGGGGAGUUCUCGGUCACCAUGUGGGCCUCGGAUGAUAAAAAAGAUAUUGACCAUGAAACAGUGGUGGAAGAGCAGAUCAUUGGAGAGAAUUCUCCUCCAGAUUACUCAGAGUACAUGACAGGGAAGAAACUUCCUCCUGGUGGAAUACCUGGCAUUGACCUCUCAGACCCCAAACAACUGGCUGAAUUUGCUAGAAUGAAGCCAAGAAAAAUUAAAGAAGAUGAUGCUCCACGAACGAUAGCUUGUCCUCACAAAGGCUGCACAAAGAUGUUCAGGGACAACUCUGCCAUGAGGAAGCAUCUGCAUACUCAUGGCCCUCGAGUACACGUAUGUGCAGAAUGCGGCAAGGCCUUUGUGGAGAGCUCAAAACUAAAGCGACAUCAGCUAGUUCAUACUGGAGAGAAACCCUUCCAGUGUACGUUUGAAGGCUGUGGAAAGCGUUUUUCACUGGACUUCAAUUUACGCACGCACGUGCGAAUUCAUACUGGCGACAGGCCCUACGUUUGCCCAUUUGACGGCUGCAAUAAGAAGUUUGCGCAAUCGACUAACCUGAAAUCUCACAUCUUAACACACGCUAAGGCCAAAAACAACCAGUGAGAGUUGGAAGAGAGAAGCUGUUGAACUCUUUAAGCAUCUUACAGGAGAAUGAAUUGGAAUCAAAUACGCCUCCCCUUUGUAUAUUGUUUCUAGGAAAGAAUUUUAAGAAAUAAAACCCCUACAAACUUAAAAGGACGUGUUUUGAUAAGUAGUCAAUAAAAAGCAAAAAAAACCAACCACCCCACCAAACCCCACAAAAGAAACUUUAAGGUGACGUUGCUAAAGAUGCUCUACCUUGCUCUGUAAUCCCGCUCUCAAGAACCGCGGUGUUUUGUAAAGCGUGGCCCCGACCGGGAGGGGGUUGUGUCACGAACUCGCAUCACAAAAGACAAUUCUUUCUACAAACAGUGCUCAAAAAGAAGAAAAAAAAAAUUGGACUCGUUUUCACACUCUUAUAAAUACGAAGCUCACCUGUUGCUUACGAUUUUUUUAAUUUUGUAUUUUCCAAGUGUGCAUAUUGUACACUUUUUGGGGAUAUGCGUAGUAAUGCUAUGUGUGAUUCUUUCUGGAGGGUGAUAACUUGGCUCGAGGUAGAUUUUCUUUAAAAGAAUGGGCAGUUACAUGCAUACUUCAAAAGUAUUUUCCUGUAAAGAAAAAAAAGAAAAAAAAACCCAAACAAAAAAGAAGUUAUCUAGGUUUUGUUUGCUCUCUUCAUUUUGGUUGUAUUCUUUGAUGUUAACACAUUUUGUAUAAUUGUAUCGUAUAGCUGUAAUGAAAUCACGUAGUAUCAAAUAUUAGAUGUGAUUUAAUAGUGUUAAUCAAUUUAAACCCAUUUUAGUCACUUUUUUUGGAGGAAUACUGCCAGAUGCUGAUGUUCAGUGUAAUUUCUUUGCCUGUUGAGUUACGGAAAGUGGUGCUCAGUUGUAGAAUGUAAUGUACAGGCACUGACCUUUUAUUAACACCUGAUAAUAUGUACAUCCCGUGUAACAGAAAGGGCGACAAUAAAACAGUGGUCCUAAAGAAAGAAUAUGGCAGAAAAUGAUCUGUAAGCACAGUCUAUUUUCUUUUGUUGUCCAGAGCACUCCUAGUUCCUCUCGACCUCCCAGAAACUGGAAGCUGAAUACACUCAAGUUUCCUUUGCUUUGCAUUCAGUUACGGUGAUCGGUGAUGAAAUCACGUAAUGCCCCGUGAGGUCACGUACCUAAACACAGUUACCGACUGUGUAAUCCUGUCUUUGGGUGACCUAGACUUUCAGUAACUGGAACGGUGGAUUUGGAGCCUUGGCAGUGUAGCGGGGAGUUCUCAGUGUGCCUGGACAGCAGCUAGGUAAAACAGUACAGUGGGUUGCUUUGUUUAGUCAAGGUAAGGAAUCUCGGAGGUUUAAAUGCAAUAACAAUAGCAAGUGGGGGAACGGUAGGUUUGGAGGGGUCGUACCAGGAGAAAAGAGAAAAUUGUCCUUUUGUCUGGCGUGUGUGACUGUUACGAUGGAAACUCUCGGAGCGUCGUUGAACACGUUUUACUUCAGGGCAGGAACUGGGGGGUUCUCAGAGAACACCGAGCAGUUCUGGUGGCCUGACUAAAAGUGGUUACGAUUUGUUCAAGUGUUCAAAGCAAGAAAUUUGCAGACACUACCGUGAAGUGUGACAGAUGAAUGACCAAGAAUAUGUACAGAAAUGCAUAAGUAUUAUUUUUGAGGGGUGUGACUUUUCAAUGUAGUAAAAAACUGUUGUUAAUCUUUCUUUUUUUUAAAUUCUGUUCUUAAGAGAUUCAUCAAAUUUUUCAGUGAUGAUACUGUAAAACCUCCCUUUGAGUCCACUUUUGGUGGCAGUGGAAAAAGCCCAUGGGUAAUAAUGAAGCUCCACUGAAGAGCGGUGGAGUUUGCAUCCGCAGAUAAAUUAAUCUGAGCACUGCAGCUCUGAGGUUUAGGGGUAGAAAGAAAGCAAGAGAGGUGGGGCAUUUCAUUGUAAAGUAUGCAUUGGAGAUUUGGCAGUAUUUUAUUUUAUAUAUAUAUAUAAGCAGUUCUUGAACAGGACAACAUACUGAAACUUGUAUAGUUAUAGUUAAAUUAAAUGCUGUAUACAGUUGAAUUAGUGUCUCUUCUUUUUGGCAGGAAAUAAAAUGAGUUCAGUCUA